AUGGAAUCAGGCCAGAGUUGCAGCACUACUCUUUCAGACUAUUUUGAGGAUACAUUUGAAUCCUUCAGUGAGGAGGAGGAGGAGAAGGAAGCCUGCAGGCAAUAUGAGAGUGAACCGUUUGAAUCUUAUUGUUCCACAGAGAAGUUGGAGUGGCCUGCUGCUGUGUUAGAUAUAUCUGAAAGCGUAUGGCAGUCAGUAAGCCAGGAUGAUGAAGGUGAUCACUCUGAGUUGUCAGACUCAGAAACGAUAGAAAAAGAGUUGACUGGAAAAUGGAUCAGCCGUCUCAAAAAUAAAGAUAACAUUAAGCAAGGCAAAUCUAUCAAAACACACACAGAAAUUACUGAAGUAUCAGAUGAAGAAUUGGAUGCUCUGCAGUCUUUUUGCGCCAUUAAGAUAAGCCAGAUCCAUCAUCAGUUGAACUCUAAGCAAUCAAACAGCAGCAAACAUAAAGAUCUGCAGCAUGGAUUCACUUCAGAGAAGCCAGUGACAGGUGACUUGAACUGUACUAUUCCUGAUCAGCUGGUGAACAGAAUCCAUCUGAAAAAUAUCAGUGAGACAAUGAAACAGGUGAAAGAAACUAAACUACACCAGCCUUCACAAUGCCAUGAUUGUAAGAAAAAAUGGACAGAACUGGCCAAGAUUACCUUUCUCAGACAAAAGAAGACUUUAGUGGAGAAAGCUUUACUCCAAGAUAAAUUAGAAGAACAGAUUUAUGUCAAAGACUCGCUCACACUCAUAGGAGAAAUACACAAAAACCUCCCCAAGCUUUCUGAGGAUCCAAGGAGUAUAUGGCAAAGACUGAAUGAGAAAGUUAAAUUAGGAAGGGCUGAAUAUUGUGAGGUGCUGAUGACCUUUACCUCCACUGGAAGGAUUGGGCCCAGAAUUUUCAGGUUCGGUAUGAGAAAUGUUAAUGAGUCUAUGAAUAUAUACUGUGCAUUUUUGUAA